CCAGAUUCCACCGAGUCCCAUUCCGUCCUCGUAUCGCUUGGAGCUCUCCUGAGGCCAAGACGGUUGCUGGCCUCCAGCUCAUUUACCGACACCAUGGCGCACUGGCCAUCUCCUUCAUUGUACAAAAGAUCUGGUCCCCAGCAGUACCCCCAGCAACUGCAAGACCCAGACCAAUCCGAUAAUGCACAAUCCUUCAAGACGAACUUCCAGGGACAUGCCAGUCGACGAUGCAGGCGAGGCAAAGCCGUACCUCGAAGAAUUGGAAACCCAAGAUGCCGACUUGGGUCAAAUGAUGGAGGUGGCUGCAACGCCAGAAGAGGAACGCCGCGUGGUUUGGAAAUUGGAUAUGAUUUUAAUCCCCAUGAUGGGUCUCUGCUACAUGAUGCAGUACAUGGACAAGCUGGCUCUGAGUCAAGCGACCCUGUUCAACCUCCGAGAGGACCUCAACCUCCAGGGCUCGAAUUACUCGUGGACGUCGGCCGUCUUCUACUUUGGAUACCUUGCAUGGAGUUGGCCCAGCAGCUAUCUGAUGGUUCGCCUGCCGCUGGGGAAGUACCUGACUGCCUGCGUCCUGACCUGGGGAGGCGUCCUGAUGUGCCAUGCAGCAGCAAAGAACUUUGGAGGGUUGAUGGCGGCGCGGUUCUUCUUGGGUGUGGGUGAGGCGGCCAUUGCUCCAGGGUUUGCACUCAUAACUGGCAUGCUAUACAAGCGAGAGGAGCAACCAGCACGACAGGCAGCCUGGUUCCUGGGCAACUGUAUCGCCACCGUGAUCGGGGGAGUCGUCGCCUAUGGCAUCGGCACCGCCAAAGGAACUGCAGUCACCAGCUGGCAGCUCCUCUUCCUCGCCUUAGGGACUAUUACAGCUGGGAUGGUCUUCUGGCUGGUCUUCCUACUGCCGGAUUCGCCCAGGAAGAUCGUUUUUCUCACGAAGAAGGAGCAGGCAAUAGUCAUCCAGCGUACCGUGGCCAACAAGACCGGCACGAUGGACAACGACUCCUUCAAACUAGGCCAGGCCUGGGAUGCUCUUCGCGAUCCCCAGACGUGGUUUCUCGUGCUGUAUCAGUUCUGCGUUAAUCUGUGGAACGGCGGUGUCACCAGUUUCUCCUCGAUUAUCAUCAACAGCUUCGGCUUUAGCCACUUGAAGUCCCUCCUCAUGCAGAUGCCCAUGGGUGGUGCUCAGAUUGUCUUCCUGGUCCUAAGUGCUGCUAUUGCGACCUGGUUCCCCCGAGCUCGCAUCAUCACCAUGAUAAUCAACACGCUGGUCUCAAUGGUGGGCAUGUUGCUGGUCUGGCAGUUGGACGAAGACAACCAGGUCGGCCGCAUGGUCGGACUCACCCUUGGGGCUGUCUUCGCGGUAAACAUUCCACUCUCGCUGAGUGUUAUCAGCUCGAAUGUCGCUGGCUUCACAAAGCGCAGUGUGACCAGCGCAUUGAUGUUUGUUGCAUACUGUGUGGGCAACAUUAUCGGGCCCCAGCUCUUCUUGACUUCGGAAGAGCCGGCCUACCCUACCGGCAUGAAAGCGGCAGUCUCUGGCUUAGCACUGGGCGCCUUCUUCCUCCUCUGCCUUCUCCUGUACUACAUCUUCGAGAACCGACGCCGCGAUGCGAAGUAUGGCCCUCCUACUCAGCUUACAGAAGAGGAGGAGCGUGCCCACGCGUUGUCGAACAAAACAGACCUGGAGAUUGAGAGUUUUCGUUAUUUGAUUUAGUUGUUGACACACUGGGAUGUGAUCUAGAUCUAUAGCACUUGAAAAUUCAUUCCAUGAUUACCCUCCUCUAUUUCCACCUAAUUAUGGUUAUUUCAACUAUUCUAAUUAUUGGCCUGACAAUCCCUUCUUCAAUAUUUACCCAGACAAUCUGAACGAGUAUAAAAUCGCC